CAGGGCCGUGCUGGGCCGGGCCGGGCCGGGCCGGGGCUCCCCGCUGCGGUGAGGGGCGAGGCGCGGUGUCGGCCGCCCCGUGCUGGCCGCGCAAGGCGGCAGGGAAGAUGUCGGCCCCCACGAUGCAGGAGAGGAAGGCGUGCUGGGGGGCGCGGGACGAGUUCUGGCAGUGCCUGGAGGCACACGCGGAGGACGCGGCGCGGUGCGAGGAGCUGCGGGUGGCCUUCGAGUCCCGGUGCCCCCAGCAGUGGGUUAAAUACUUUGACAAAAGAAGAGACUUUUUAAAAUAUAAGAAGAAGCUUGAAGCAGAAGGGUUUCAUCCUCCAGAAACUGCUGGGAAGGCCUAAGUACUCUGCUUUCAAAGUAUAGCUGAUGAGAAUAAAGCUGGGGAAGGAAGAAGCAGGAGAAAGCAACAGAACCUGCUUCAGUGCAAGAACUCAAGGUCAAGAACUGCUAACCUGUGUUCCUAAAAUGCAGACCAGUCUUCUUAUUGUGGGGUCUCAUGUCUGCUGAAAAAAGGAUGGUCAUGGGCAACUUGAGUAUGAGUCAAAGCAGUAUGGUGCCAAGCUGUUCACAAAUCUGAGGCUUUGAAUGUGUAAUGACAGUCAUUGUUUCACAAGAAUAAAUAAAUGAUUAUAUGAUAGCAUCACGUACAUACUCUAAAAAGAAUAAAAGUGUUUUUCAGUAAGUGAA